CGCCCAACAGCCCGACUGCUUUGGCCGGCCCUUCUCUCCCUUUCAGUCGCGAUAUGAUAUAGCGCUGCUCUCUACAAUUGGCGCACCAUGGCGCUGGACGGAUCCAGCGGUUAUGCUGCUCCCAGCAAUCUAGCUGAGCCCGCCGACUCGUCUCUCCCCAUGUUCGAUGUCCAACGUGUUCAGCUUCAGUUUUCGAUAGCGGCCGACUUCGUCGCUGCGCAAGUGGCUAACAAUGUGCUUAUCCUGGCUCUAUCGACCGGUCGAAUCCUCCGGAUAGACCUGGAUACCCCCGAAGACAUCGACGAUAUCGACCUUCCCAAGAAAUCCUCCGAGACAGGACUGAUUCGUCGGAUGUUCCUCGACCCUUCUGCGUCCCAUUUGAUCAUCACUACGACUCUGGGUGAAAACUACUACCUUCAUACGCAAUCGAGACAACCGAAACCGCUGUCGCGCUUAAAGGGAGUUUCAAUUGAAAGCGUUGCCUGGAAUCCAUCGCUUCCCACGGCUUCAACUAGAGAGAUUCUGCUGGGUACCACGGAUGGCAGUGUCUACGAGGUUUACAUUGAACCGUCAACCGAAUUCUAUCGGCGCGAAGAGAGAUAUGUCACUGCAGUUUACAAAGUUCCUGACGGAUCACCUGUCACGGGCAUUUGGACGGAGCAAAUACCCGCGAAAACCGAUCAGAGACGAAUGCUUGUCGCAACCCAUGGGAAACUGAUCCACUUCAUAGGACGGGCAGGGAGAAAUGGAAGAGAAGGCGGAGGCUCUAUAUAUGCGGAUCUUUUCCAAAGAGAAACUCCAUUCAUCCAUGAAGUCAAGGCCCCUUCGACUUCCGCGCCAUCUGCCCUGGCUAUUUCGCCCACUGCGGCUGAGGAUACAGACAGUCAUUCAGGGAAGGAGUUUGCGUGGUUGAGUUCGCACGGCGUAUAUCACGGUCCGCUUCCAUAUGACGGGGUGAAGAUGGAUCAACCCUUUGGAGAUUCGAAAAUGCUUCCGCGCUCGUUAUUCCCAGCAACCGAGUCCGCACGGGGAGGCAGGAAAAUGAUACAAGAUCCCAUCACUGCUAUGACGCUGUCCCCAUGGCACAUACUGACACUUGUUGAGGGAAGGGUGGUCGCUGUCAACCGUCUUAAUGAUGAAAUCGUCUAUGACCAGGCGGUUCUAGAACCGGGACAAAGCACACUGGGUCUUUUGACGGACUCUGUACAGAACACGUUCUGGCUAUUCACAGGCAAGGAGAUCUACGAGAUUGUUGCUCAUGACGAAGACCGGGAUGUGUGGAAGGUUCUUCUCCAGAGGCAACAAUUUGACGAAGCUCUGAAGUAUGCCCGUGGAAGUACCCAAAAAGAUGCCGUCUCCACUGCUUCUGGUGACUUUUUAGCCAGCAAAGGUCGAUACCUGGACGCAGCUAAAGUAUGGGGCAAGAGCAGCAAGGGUUUUGAGGAGGUUUGCUUGACGCUAAUCAACCGUGGUGAGCAUGAUGCUCUGCGUCAUUACCUACUCUCCCAGCUGUCGACAUAUAGAAAGUCAUCUGCGAUGCAGAGGAUCAUGGUGGCGAGCUGGCUCGUCGAGGUUUUCAUGUCCAAGCUGAACUUUCUCGAUGACAAGAUAGCCACCCGAGCGGGAGUAGCUGAGGGCACAAGUACUGAAGAAGUCAAGGAUCAACUGCGCACUCUUCGAACCGAAUUCGAGGAGUUUGUUACAAAAUACAAAUCGGAUUUGGACAAGAAGACGGUAUACGACAUCAUCACUAGCCAUGGCCGAGAAGAGGAGCUGCUUUACUUUGCUACAGCGACCAACGAUCUCAACUAUGUUUUGUCAUACUGGACUCAGCGCGAGAAAUGGUCAGAGGCGCUCAAUGUCUUGUCAAAGCAAAGCGAUCCGGAUGUGUUUUACAAAUAUAGCAGUGUCCUCAUGACCCACACUGCGACUGGGUUGGUCGAUAUAUUGAUGCGCCAGACGAAUCUCGACCCUGAGAAGCUUAUUCCGGCGUUGCUGAACUACAACAAAGCCGUGAAUGCACCACUCGGUCAGAACCAGGCUGUGCGAUACCUCAACUUCAUAAUCGUCAACCAUCCCAGGCCAUCGGCAGCCGUGCACAACACCUUAAUAUCGAUCCAUGCGUCAAGCUCCUCAUCCUCCGAGGCUGGUCUUCUCACCUACCUCCAAUCGCAACCGUCUUCCCCACCUCCAUACGACGCCGACUUUGCCCUCCGUCUGUGCAUCCAGAACCAGCGCGUCCAAUCCUGCAUCCACAUCUACAGUGCGAUGGGACAGUAUCUCCAAGCCGUCGAGCUGGCUCUAAAGCAUAAAGAUAUCGAACUAGCCGCGAUUGUCGCCGACCGACCCGACGGCAACGACAAGCUCCGCAAAAAGCUCUGGCUCCUCGUCGCCGAGAAAAAGAUCCAACAACCAGGCACCGGCAUCAAGGAUGCCAUUGAAUUCCUCCGUCGCUGCGAACUCCUCCGCAUCGAAGACCUCAUCCCCUUCUUCCCGGAUUUUGUCGUCAUCGACGACUUUAAAGAUGAAAUCUGCACCGCCCUAGAGGAUUACUCCCGACAUAUCGACGCCCUCCGACAAGAAAUGGACAACUCGGCACAAACAGCCCGCCAGAUCCGCUCCGAGAUCGCAGAGCUAGAUACGCGGUAUGCGAUUGUCGAGCCGGGCGAAAAGUGCUGGAUCUGCUCGCUGCCUGUUCUCAGUCGUCAGUUCUUCGUCUUCCCCUGCCAACACGCCUUCCACAGUGAUUGUCUGGGUAAAGAGGUUCUUGAGGGAGCAGGCGGGAAGAAGAAAUACAUUCGCGAUUUACAAGCGCAGUUGAGUAGAGGCGAUAUAACAUCCUCCAAACGAGAGGAGAUCGUCAAGGAAUUGGAUGGGUUGGUUGCUGAGGCUUGUAUCCUCUGCGGUGACCACGCAAUCAAACAAAUCGAGAAACCAUUCAUCACGAACGCAAGUGAGGUGGACGAUUGGGCUUUGUAAUGAGCCUUCCCUACACUACUCCGUCCGAACACUUUUUAUUUUCUUGCUUACGUAUUGUGUCGUUUUUAUCUGGCCAAAUCGGCCAGUGCAUCCUUUUUAUGAGCGUUGUGUUGUAGGGUUUGAUAUGAAUGGUUUUGAAACAGCCUUUAUGAUUUCCUUUUUUUGCGGUUUCUCUUCUAGUAUAGGAAUCUUACGUAUUUAUAUUAUUCCCUAGGGCUUGGUUUGAUACAAUGUAUACCAGAUAACUAAAUACAGCCUCAUUCAAUAGUAAAUAUAGAUACAGCAUCUAAC